AUGGCGAAGGUCAGAGGUUAUAUCGAUUUUAUUUGGAAACCAUUGUAUAAGAAUUUAUUUUUGAAAGAAUGUUUUAAUAAUUCAUUAUGGUUGCGAAUUGGUCAACGUUUUAUAUUAGGUACAUCAUCAUCGAGUAUUGAUGGACCAAUUCAGGCAAUUGAGAUUAUUUACUAUAUCAUUAAACAUGGUAAUAAGAACGUACUUGAUCUGUUUAUUAGCGAUCGUCUAUUGUACAAUAAAUCAUUGGAAAACUAUUUAAUUGAUAUCUUAAUAUUUCAUAAAAAUCAAAUACAUAUAUCUAGAAAAAUUAUUGCCUAUUUAACACUAAAUAAUCAACGUCGAGAAAAAUGUUAUAUUCCAUUAUUUCAACGUUUACUUAAUUUAUGGUCACAAUCAAGUUUUAUUCGAUUUUCAUCAUCUAGUCAACAUUAUUAUAUAUGUCAGUGUAUUUGUGUUUGUUUAGUUUAUUAUGAGCAUAAUGAAACAAUAUCGAUUGAUAAUUUGAUCGUGAACGUUCUAGAUGGAAUAAGAAUACACUUAGAAUCAACAAUUGAUUAUAUUAGAAAACGUGGACAAGUUAUUGGUGAAUUAAUUAUAAAUCAAUUGAAAUUAUUUGACGAUAAAAGUAAACAAUUAGAAUUUAACUCAUUUGACAAUGAUGAUAACGAAGUAAAAGCAUUAAGAGAUUUAGCUACUAAUAAAGAAAUAGAGGAAAACAAUGAUCAAUUAUAUUCAAGUGACGAUGAUAUGAAGAAAGAAGAACAAAUAUCACUCAAGGAAUCUUCAUCUACCACCAGCAACAAUCUAAGAUUAUCGACUGUUCCACUUGUCUCAUCUAAUUUAACUCGUGUCGUUCUUCAUGAAAAUGAAUCAAAACAAAACUACGCAUCGGAUGAUGAUGAUGAUGAUGAAGAAUUUGAACAAUAUGAUCUCUCCAAUGAUAAACCUGUCUCGGAUAUUAAAUAUCCCUCUUAUAUUCGUGCAUGUAUGAACGAUCUUAUUCAAACAGAAAAUGUGGCACGUAUAGAAGGUGCUUUGAAUGUUCUACCAUCAUUGAUUAAAUCUUAUACAGUUGAAUGCGAAGAAAUAGCUAUUGAAUUAACCCGUAUUCUAUUAAAUUAUAGUACUACGUUUAAUAUAGAUAAUUUUUCGACAUUACAAUUGUGUGCUCUCGAAACAUUAUGUACAACAUAUCCAAUUCAAAUUGGAAAUUAUUUAUGUGAACAAUUUUAUGAACGAAAUUAUACGAUUAGUCAACGUAUGUUAAUACUCAAAAGUAUUCAGAACUCGGCAAAAAAUUUAUCGCAGCUAGAAAGUGUGCGAACAAAAAUUGUGAAUGAAAUUGAAUCGUUUGGUGAUGAUGAUGAUAAUGAUGAUGAUAAUAAUAACAAGGAAGCAGAAUGGAAAACAAUAGUUAAUGAACGUAUUCGAUUGAAAACUAAACGAAAAUUUCUUCAUAAACAACGUGAUCGUCAGAUGAGAGAAAAUCGAUUUGGUGAAAUUGUUGGCCACUAUUUUUAUCCAUUACUAAGUAAAUUUGAUAAACAAACAACCUAUUUACAAUUAAUUGAUAACGAUUAUAUUUUACUAUGUGAAUUACUAGCCACUCUGGGAAGAUUAUGCAUAACAGCACAAAAUACGUUAAAAUUAAAACAAAUGGUAUUAGAAUUAAUUCAGGUAUUAAAUUCAUUACAAAAACAUGCUGAUGCUGGUGUGAGACAUGCUGUUUUAUAUUCGUAUGCAUGUUGUUUCGUAUCGAUUUCAUCUAUCAUCACAACAAAUGAACAGUUACAAGAAAUUUUACUUGAUUUAAAACAAUGGCUUGAUUUUGAGGCUACGCACGAUACAAAUACAGAAUGUCAAAAACUAGCGAGAGUUGUUAGAAAUGUUUUGUUGAAUACAUUGAAAGAAGCAGCUGAGAGUUGA